AUGGCGGGCUUCAUUACGCCGCAAUCCCUUCCACCAUCUCAAUUUACCCCUAUGGUGCCACUCCAGUGGUGUACGGAGUAUAUGAUUACUCCUGGGGCAGCGAAACCACACACCGUAACCCCUCCGGGACUGGCUUACUCCCUUGGAGCAGGAUCCGGUGUCUCUACUCCGAUGGGCCGUCUUGAUAGCAAAUCCUUAAGCCAUUUCGGUGAGUCCCAACAUGCUCAGCUGUACACGGGACCCUUUCCUCAACCCCGCCAUGCGGUCUGGAGGAAACAGGCCCCCAAACCGAACUUGAGGUUGGGAUAUCAAUCGCCAAUAAUCAAGGCAACGGAAUACAAAUGCCCGAAGCCCGGUUGCCAUGGACGCUUCAAACGACAAGAGCAUGUAACGAGACAUAUGAAGAGCCACCUGAAUGAAAAGCCCUACGUGUGCUGGGUCCCCGGCUGCCACCGUGCUUUCUCAAGAAGUGAUAACCUCGGUGCGCAUUUCAAGACUCACAGCAAACAAACCUGUCGCAAUCGAUAUGUUUCUACCCUGGAUGAAACCAGUCCCGACUAUGAUCCAGAUUUUCGGGGCCAGUUAACCGCCGAUGGACGUCCCGUUUACGAGUUCAAGCUGGAAGAAAAGCGCAUUGCUGAGCAUGGACACUUGGAUUAG